AGAUGAUUAAGAUGACAAAACAAAGGAAGAGAACAGAUAAAGCUUAGCGACUCAGUAACAUUAUUCACAACUCAACAUCGCCACAUCAAGAACGGUCGGUUAAAAGAAACUACUUUCCAAUCAAGAAAAAGUCAUUAAGAUGUUCUUCAAAACUCUCUUUUUCAUUGGUUAUCUUUUGGCCACGGUCAAUGCAGGAAAAUGGAGAAUAAUAGCGUGGAACAAGUGCGUUGGGGCCAAAAACAACCAAUAUGCUGCAUUUUCAUACACAGGCCCUUCGCGGUUUAUCAUUGCUCUAAAGUUACAUCACACCACUGGAAAGAUUGGAUGUGCUCCUGGACAUAAAACCAACUGGGGCUGCGCGCCAUCACACCCAAUGAACAUUAUCAUUACAGACUCAAGAAAUCAGCGCAUAUUUCCUGCACCGUCUUUGAUUACACCAGGCGUUGGCAACUGGUAUAAACUGCCGGGAUACACCGAGAACUCGCCGAGUAUCACCUUUGCUGUCCCAGGAUAUCAAUGGUUGUAUCAUGGUCAGAUACUCAGAAUCUGGUACGGAGAAGAUCUGGCAGGAUUCACGGAACACGAUAAUCAUGGAACAACUUGUAUGAAUGUAUUCGUUUACCCUAAAUGAAAAUAAAUAUUUGCCUGUUGUAAAACUUUGCUGUUGUGAUCAGAAUAGAAUAGAAUGGAACUUAGUUUAUUAUGGCAAUUUUAAGAUGAUUGGUUUCAAAUAAUGUAAGCAUAAACGAAACGAAUAAAUGGGAUAUUGAUUCUUCUGAAA